AUAAUGUCAAAUCAAAAUGAGCGAUAAGUCACUUCGGAAGAGAACGUUACCAUUCUGUACAGAGGGGUGAUUAAGUAAGAGGAGCGUUUGUAUUGUACUGUAUCUACAGGUGGUUAUGGCCACGUAUGACAGGAGAAACAUUUGAUUAAAAGUUUCGAAAGGAGUCAAUUUCAAGAAAAUGAGUUUCAUCUCCCGCAUCACCUGCUUCUUUUCAUCCACCAAAGAAAACUUUUUAGCAUUUGCUUCUAAUUAUAAACGAGCUUAUGUUGAUGAAUUUCCCUCCUCUUUAAUUAGGACAAAGCAUUUUAGUGAAAGAGGUUUGCACGAAACGCGACUCAGUAGAUGUCUUAAUGUAUUUGAUAUAACUUUCUUAGGAAUUGGUAGUACGCUGGGACUUGGAAUGUAUGUUCUAGCUGGGCAAAUUGCUAGUACUAAAGCUGGACCAGCUGUUACUUUAUCAUAUUUUAUUGCUGCUCUUGCAUCAGUUUUUGCAGGUCUUUGUUAUGCAGAAUUUGGAGCGAGAGUUCCAAAAGCAGGAUCGGCUUAUGUUUACAGCUAUGUUACAGUUGGAGAGUUUAUUGCAUUUAUUAUUGGAUGGAAUCUCAUCCUGGAAUAUGCCAUUGGAACUGCAUCAGUUGCCAGAGGUUACAGUGGCUAUGUUGACUCUUUGAUUGGGAAUAAAAUACAGAAUUUUUUUGAAAAAGUAAUGCCAAUAGAUAUUCCAAACAUGUCAUCUUAUCCUGAUUUUUUUGCUUUUGGAAUUGUUAUGCUAUUAACAGUUUUGCUUUCAUUUGGAGUAAAGGAGUCAUCAAAAUUGAAUAAUGUAUUUACUGUUGUUAACUUAUUAGUUGUAGUAUAUGUGCUCAUUUGUGNAGUGAAAGAGGUUUGCACGAAACGCGACUCAGUAGAUGUCUUAAUGUAUUUGAUAUAA